AUGGAUCGCAUCGAGCCGGCCGGGGACUCUGACAACUCACAGGGUCAGCCCACCGAGUCCACCGAGUCUCCGCCUACAAGGCCAGGCCCGUCCACCUUGCGCACACGAUCGAGUUCGCGAACGCGAAGACCGAGUAUCCGCUUGUCACGAUUCCCAUCUAUUCCCUCCCUUGAUACCACGAAUUUACCGGAGAACCAGGCUCCAGCCAUCGAAAGACAGGCUAUCCAAUCCCCUCCUCCCAACGAGGAAGAUGAAGCCUGGUCAGGCGGUCGACGACGCAGCAGCUCGGAGCCAAAUCCGGGAAGAUGGUCUUCCCCUCCGCCGGAUGUGCUCGCGCGGGUGGCGACCCCUGGGCGCAUGAUGCCGGUGACAGAAGAGUCAUCUCGCCCAAGUUUGUCGGUAACCUCUCCGCCACCAGUCGAGUCCGGGCGAGAGAAUGGAGGGGACUACUUCCAGGCGCCAGAAGGGGAGCAGCCUGAGGCCCCCGCCGCAGUCGCACGGCCCCCAGGUCGCCUUCGCCGAACAAGCCAAGCGGCGUUGAAUCGCUUCUCGCGGAAUCGCGCCUCGACAGUCACAGGCGCCCCGCCGACAAUGUCUACACAAAAAGAAGAGGAGCCGGCCAAUGAGUAUGGAUCUCAUGUGGUGGAUGUGUUGGACGUUAUCGACCCUGAGGUCUCGGCACUCUCCACUCUCACCAAUGUGCAAAACUCUCUGUUCAUCCCAAAUCUUGGCGGCUUUAUCAAUCGGAUGCCAACUUAUACCAUCACCCGGCCGCAAUAUUCCUCGGAUGAAGAGCAGGGAACCACAACAGAUGAAGGCGAGCUCUCUGAAGAGGCCAAGCUCAAGCAACGGCCGACCUUGGAACAACUCCGCCCGUUCACGAGCAUGUCCUCGGUGCUGCGUGGUCCUCGUUAUGCCGUUCUGCCUGAAGGUCACGGACUCGAAGGGUGGACCAGAGAGGACUUUGCCGAACUGAACGACCAUGUCCGACACAUGCUUCAUUCUCGACGUUCCAAGUUCAAGCGCUCUAUGAAGGGUUUUGGCCAAUAUGUGCGGAAGCCCCUCGGUUUUCUUGUAACCUUGUACGCAACUCUGAUCACACUUUUCGGUCUGGCUUGGGUACUCUUCCUGAUUGGUUGGAUCAAUGUUGGCGGAAAACAACUCUACGUUGUCAAUGUCAUCGAUAACGUCCUAGUCGCCCUUUUCGCCAUCAUGGGUGAUGGACUAGCUCCUUUCCGGGCUGUUGAUACUUACCAUAUGAGUUUCAUUGCUCAUUACACACUCCUGACAUGGAAGCUACGAUCAAAGCGAGCAUUGCCAAAUCUGAAGGAUAAGAACGAUCUGCCUUCCAAGCCAGAGAAGGAUGUUGAUGUAGAGUUUGGGGACACCAAAAAGGAGGACGAACACGAAUUCUCUGUCCUCGAUGCUCGCCAACAACUUCGAUUAAUGCAUCACCAGAAAAAGUUUGCCAAAUCGCAUACUUUCUACAAACCUCACGAAACCUACACUCAUCAUGCUUUCCCUCUUCGAUUCCUCAUCGCCAUUGUCGUCAUCCUUGACAUGCAUUCGCUACUCCAAAUGGCCCUUGGUGCCUGCACCUGGAGUAUGGAAGACCCCGGAGAGCGACCAUUCGCCCUUACAACCGUCAUUCUGUGCUGUUCCAUCACUUGUAACAUCACCGGUGGUGUUCUGAUCAUGAUUGGAGACCGGCGGACACGAAAGAAGGAUGUCGUCGAGCGGCUCUUCCGCCAGGAGCUCACCGAGGAAGCCAUGAAGAAGAUGGAAAAGAAGAAAAUCAAAGAAGAGCGUCGCAGUGCUCAAAUUGAGCGCUCUAGUAUGCAGAUCGAUCGCCCCAGUGCCCAGAUUGAACGGAAGAGUGCUCAGAUUGAGCGGAAGAGCGGUCAAAUCGACCGGCCAGAACCUUACAGCGGCACUUGA